UUUGCAGUUUGAUGUCGCCCGCUGCAUGUAUGCUCCGCGAGCCGCGCCUGUCCCUUGCUUUCUGGAGGCUGCGGCCGCAGGCCAACCAUGCGGGCCGGAACCUGGCCGCGCGGCUCCCACUACAGCCUCGUUCCCACACCUCAUCGGCAGUACCAGACCGCGCCGCGCAGCAGCGAGCCACGCCAACCGAGGUCUCCUUCCCUUGCGGCCGCACCCGCUACUUGUUCGACGGAACGCGGCACCGGGAUGCGGUCUCCUGGAACGCCAUGGUCUCUGGCCACGCCAGGCGGGGUAACGUCCCCGACGCGCUGGGUACCGCAGCGCGGAUGCAUAGCUCGGGACAACCGUUCACGGAGGCCACCUUCGCGUCGGUGGUCGGCGCCUGCGCACGGGGGCGGAUGUUCCGUGCGGGGACGCAGGCGCACGGCCAAGUGAUCAAGUCCGGGUGUGAGGGCUCCGCGGUCAUCGGGGCGUCCCUCCUCGACUUCUACUCCUCGUGCUUCGACCUCCGUGCAACUCGUGCUCUCUUUGAGUCUCUGCACCAGAGGAACGAGCUGCUGUGGAGCCCGAUGGUGGUUGCGCUUGUGAGGUUCGGCUUGCUGGCUGAGGCCUUGGACUUGCUUCAAAUUACACCAGCGCGACGUGAUGUGUUUGCAUGGACUGCAGUCAUAUCUGGCUAUGCUAAGGGCACAGAUCAGUGCUGUGGCAAGGCGCUGCAGCUGUUUGUGAAGUUAUUGGCUGAUGAUGGUGCCAUGCCGAAUGAGUACACUUAUGACUGUGUUUUGAGGGCAUGUGUGAGGCUGGGAGCAUUGGAUUUUGGGCGAUCCGUUCAUGGAUGUUUGAUCAGAUGUGGGUUUUGGUGUGAGCAGUUAAUCACUAGUGCUCUUGUUGAUCUUUACUGCACUUCUGAUGCUUUGGAUGAUGCACUACUGGUCUAUAAUGACUUGGAUAGGCCACCCUUGAUCACAUCCAAUACACUGAUUGCAGGACUUAUAUCCAUUGGUAGGACAGAGGAUGCUAAGAUGGUAUUCUCACAGAUGCCAGAGCAGGACUCAGGUUCCUACAAUUUGAUGAUUAAAGCAUAUGCUAUGGAGGGAAAGCUUGAACAUUGCCGAAGGAUGUUUGAGAAGAUGCCUAAGAGAAACAUGGUCUCCUUAAACUCCAUGAUGUCAGUAUUGCUCCAGAAUGGAAGGUUGGAAGAGGGGUUGAAGCUAUUUAAACAGAUUAAGGACGAGAGAGACACAGUAACAUGGAAUUCUAUGAUUUCAGGUUACAUUCAGAAUGACGAACCUUCAGAAGCUCUGAAGCUAUUUGUGGUCAUGUGCCGGCUGUAUAUUGGAUGCAGCCCGUCUACAUUCUCUGCUCUAUUGCAUGCCUGUGCAACUAUUGGAACUCUUGAGCAAGGCAGAAUGAUACAUGCUCACCUCUGCAAGACUUCGUUUGACUCCAAUGGUCAUGUUGGAACAGCCCUUGCUGAUAUGUAUUUUAAAUGUGGUUGCGUGAUUGAUGCACGAUCUGCAUUUACUUAUGUCACAUCGCCUAAUGUUGCUUCAUGGACAUGUCUUGUCAAUGGUCUUGCACAGAAUGGUCUAUGGUUGGAGGCUCUGUUACAAUUUGGGAGGAUGCUGAAGCAUCAUGUCAGUCCCAAUGAAAUCACUUUUCUGGGUCUCCUUAUGGCUAGUGCUCGUGCUGGUUUGGUUAACAAGGGGAUGAAAAUCUUUUACUCCAUGGAAAACUUUGGACUAGUUCCAACUGUGCAGCACUACACUUGUGCUGUCGAUCUCCUUGGUCGGACUGGGCAUACCAGAGAAGCAGAGAAGUUCAUCUAUGAAAUGCCUUUGCCAGCGGAUGGUAUAAUCUGGGAAGCCCUACUUACUGCCUGCUGGUACUCAGUGGACCUAGAGAUGGGUGAGAAAGUUGCCCAGAGGCUGUUUUUGAUGGGCACAAAACAUAGGUCUGCUUAUGUCGCGAUGUCUAACAUCUAUGCUAAAUUGGGGAAAUGGGAAGAUGUUGUGAAGGUAAGGACACAGAUGAGGAGUCUAAAUGAGAAAAAGGAACCAGGCUGCAGUUGGAUUGAGAUCAAGGACAUAGUUCAUAUAUUCCUUGUGGACGACCAGAAUCAUCCUGAGAGAGAUCAUGUAUAUUCCAUGCUAGAAGGUUUAGUAUCUCAUAUAUCAUUACAUUCAGAAUGGUUAUUCAAAGCCUGAAUUCUUGAUUUACUCCUUUAUUGAAAGAAUGGCUUCAAUGGUUAUGGAUAAUUACUCCUUUAUUCAAAACACUGGAGAUGGUGUUUGUGCCUUUGUGAUCACCAAUUGUUAUGGAUAAUUAGGCCUUUACUGGGUUACUGGAAGGCUGAAAACUAGGAAUGACCUUGAAUGCACACAGCUGAUAUAUUUGCUGCUUCCUACAUUCCUGGAUGUAUUUGGUGAUGAAAGCAAAGAACACAAGGGGAGUAAUUUUGAUAUUACUUGAAACAUCAAAGGAAAAGGUCUGUCUAACUUUAUAUUUUCCUGAAUGCUUUUGCCCUCCUUGAUGUUUACUCUUUAUUUUUUCUUCUCGAAUACGAAGGAGAGCUUCAUAUCUUUGUAUUAUAGAGAGAAAGAACCGACCCCUUACAAUCACUACCACCUCACUCCGAGCCAAGCCAUGAGUGCUUGAAUUUUACAUGAACAGGACUUGCUCUAAAGAAACACGUGAGAGACAAGACCUGACCCAGAAAGAGCGAGGAAACAGAACUAGGACAGCCGCAGCUCGUCUCCCUGACCUUGACCCAACGCUCCCAGACUUCGAGCUCCAGCAAGUCACUAGAGGUGUUGCUCUUCAGAACAUCCGCGCGCCACAUGAAUUACGGUCCCAGGCACCCAAAAUGAUGUUUACUCUUUAUUACUGCAGAGUACAUGCAGCCUAAGUCAGGUUCAACACAUUUGCUUACAUAUGUUUAGGAAGGGCAAAAUAUGUGUGUUUAGGUCCAUAAUUUUGGUUUAGGCCAAUGUUGAUCCAAAAUAGUAUGUACUUAUAUUCCAAAAUUUUCUAAUUGCCGGUAAAUAGUACUGCAACUUAUAAAUUAACAACUCACAAGGUUGUUUCCAUUCCAAUACCAGUUAUGCUAUAACUGCUACUGAAUUUUGAUCAUUUAAGCUCCCAUCAAUGUGGUUAAGUUGUACUCAGUUGCGUAUUUUCAUGAUUGGGACCUUUACUUGCCAUGGAUUAACAACUUGAGUGACAGCUGAAUGGUCAUGUCCCAGUAAACUGCAAAAUGUUGAAGUUAACUGAUAGAUACGGAUGCUAUGGAUUAAAAAGAUCUUUUGGGGCUUCUAGAAUUAUUAGAAGGCACAAUCAUCGACACAACAGAUGACUUUUAUCGAAGCUCUGCUGUUCCUGAAGUUCUUGAAGCAUGGCAAGUUAGCCAUCAGCACUUAACAUGUGAUUGGACAACUUUUAUGGUCUGUUUGGUAGAACUCCACUCCUUAAUUCUUAGCUCCAGCUCCUUUAUUUUUUGAUGGAGUGAUUCUAGUUAAUUUCUAUGAGGGAGCAGGGUGGGGAGUAGAUGAGAAUUCAUUGUGGUGGGUUUUGAAUAGGGAGCAGCGAGGAGAAGGUUUUUUAGUUCCUAAGCUCCUAGUGUAAAUAGAGAAGUGAUUCUUGUCUACUUCCCACCUGAUUCUGUGUGAGAUUUAGCUAUUUAGUUGUGGAGAAGCGAUUCUCAUGGAGAAUCUGCUCCAUGGAGCCUUGCCAAACGGCCCCUUAGGAUUACGUCCUGGAGAUAAAUUUGGUUUCAUCAUUGGAGCCUAUGAAAUUUUAGAAGAGUGUGGCAUAUGUACAACCUCAGUCCUGGAGAUAAAUUUGGUUUCAUUCUACAACACAUUGCUGAUGAUGUACCUAUUGAUUCUUGUAUGGCUUAAAGUUAUUUUUGCUGUAAUCCGAAAUAUGUUACGAAAUACUGCAGCUCUUCUAAUCUACUCCCACCGUCCACAAAUAAAUACACGUCUCAUUUUCUGAGGAGUCAAACAUUAUUAAGUUUGACUAAAUAUAUACAAAAAUAUACUAAUGUUUAUCUCUACUAUAAUUGACCACUUUGAAUUAUUUUAGAUCCACUAAUCAAACGUCCCCGCUGAGUAGUCUAACCAUUGUGUACCCAGGAAAUUGUACACAGAAAUUUGCCUCCAUCAAAAUCAAUAGCUAAUAAAUCAUUUAUCCCAAAACCUAUGGUCAUAAUUGAAUGUUUGAAGCGAGGCUUCUCACCCCACGCCCUCCGCCUCAUCGCGUGAGGCUUUCCCUCCCCACCCAGCCUCCCACGAGGCCACAACCACACUCUUCCCUCCAGGGUUCGAUUCCCCUUGCACCCUAUUAUUUUUUCUCGGGGAAAAAAUGAAACAUCGAACUCCUCUCCGCUUGAGCGACAAAAGCCGCGUGCCUCUCAACAUCUGCCGCCACCAUCUUGUUCAUAUGCCGGCGGCAACCUCCAACACGCCGGCCAGUGAUGGGCGGAUCUGGUUCCCCUCUACUUCCCCGCCCUCUUCUUCUUCCUAAAACCUCUAGAGGUGCGCGCGCAAGGAGCCAACACUACUGCUAGGGUUUCAGCGACGAAGAAGCGGCUGCGUGCUAUUGGAGGUGAGCGGGAAGUUGGCCACGACGUCACCGGUGGCCAUAACGAGGGCAUCACAUGGAUGGGGAUCUUCGAUUGAGGAGCCGCGGCGGCGGUGGUCAAUGGGUGGCAUGCAGAAGCUGGAAUAGCGAGAGGCUCGAAUUCACGUACUGCGACAUCUCCGGCGGUCGACGCUGCUCUCCCCCAGCUGCACCCCCGAUCUGCGAUCAUGCACGCGCUCUGCACGCUCCACUGCCGCACGACGCCGGUGGAGCAUCAGAGCAGGACGCUGGUGUUGGUCCGCAUUUCUGAAUUUUUUGUGUUUUUAUUCAGGGAUUUCACAAUACCAGACAUGUGAAGGGAGAAGGAAGAAGGGAAAUCCAAUUUGGAGGUCUUAACAGUUACAGAGAUCAGCUCAAUAUAUCAUUAUAUGUAUGGACGUCCGCACUUGCAAAAAAAAAAAGUAAGUGCAGCUAGCUGAGUCUAAUAAGACCUUCUGAAUCUGAAUUGAUAAUGAAAAAAUGAAGUGGUUGAUUGGUUUACCCGAAAGAUGCAUAAAUCACAAACGUUUCUCUUGGUGCCUAAAUAUGAAUAUUUGUAUAAUACAUUAACUUCAUGGGAAUUUAUUCCAAAUUUGCUUCAACUAUUAGUUCACAGCCUGGAAAUUUUAAUGAUCCCUUGCCCUCAAUGUAUCGAAGAGUUAUGCAGGUUUUUCUUGUCGGUAAUCAUGACACGGUAUUUGUUAAGAUCAUUCCUUAACACAAUAUCAGGUCCAUGCAUCUCAAUCCUAAACUCAGGACUGCUUUUGUAGAUUAGAGAGGAUGUUAGAAACUCAGAGCUUCCUGUGUUUUCAUCCUUUAAAGAAAGGCAAAGUGUUGUUUUUUACUAUGAAGGAUGUGCCCCUUGCCAUUGUUUUACUAUUAUUGGCUUCCCGUAUUUUCAUCGUUUAAAGAAAGCUGAGGAGCGAGGAGCCAGGAUGUGUUGUUGUGGCAGAUGCCGGUGUCGAGAAUCGGUGUUGUGCGGACAAGCUGGAAUUGAGAGUCAUGGUCGUGUGGUGGACAAGAGCUAGAAGACAUCAUCAUGCAUUGAUUUCAGGUAGGAGGACCAGGUGAUGCUCUCUCACCCACUCUCCUGAUGGUAGAUAUGGUUCGCAAUUUUAAUUUUGAAGGGGAUCUUCAAGUCUAGAGAAUAUGUGAAAUGGGGGUUGACUGCAAAGGUUUGUAGUGGAACUAAUGUGCUCUUCUGGAAGAGGUUUGGGUGUUAGCUGUUCCACUAAGAUUAGAGUUUCCUACUCUGUUUAAUCUCUAUAAAAAAAAGGACUGGUAAGUGAUUUUUGGGCAGGGGAUGGAUGGAGGAUUGAAUGGGAAAGACUUAUGGAUCUAUUAGACAAGGCUGCUAUCUUGGAGGGGGAUGAUUCCUUCUCCGGGAUCUUGAAAAAAUCUGGAGAUUUGGAAAAUGAAGAUCACAUCUUUUUUGGUUGUAUCAUGGCUAGAUGCCUAGAUCAGGCUUGCUUCAAGGAAGCCCUGGGGUGGGACAGAGUCCCAUACAAUUUACAAGAUUUCUUUGAUGAAUGGUUGCCUCUGAAGAUGCAACAAGUAUCAUGUCAAGUUGUUUUGUUUUGCUAUGGUUUUGUGGUCUAUAUGGAAUGCCAGAAAUAAAAUGGGGAUAGAGAAGAGGUUUCCGAGAUUAAAGAACAAAGUCUUUCAUAAAACUUUUUCAUUUUCUUUACAGAAAUGGAAAGUGCUGCUGAGAAGAGGGGGUGUAAAGUACAUAGAAGACAUUAUUACUAUCAUGAAGCAGUGGCUGGAGAUGUUCUGGAGCGAACCGACAAAAUGGAAAUUGAAGGCGUGCUUUAUUAUUUAAGCACAUAUAUCUUUAGCUUGUGUGUUAUUUUAGGUGUUUCUUGAUGGUUUGCUGUAGCUUCAGAGUCUCUCAUGAUGGAAGUUUGCUGAAGACCCGCUUCAGUUUUCUGUUUAGGCGCCACUUCAUAAAUUGGGAUCCCCAGUCUUUACUUUCAGUUUCUCCUAUUCUCACGAUGGAGGUUAGUAUAUAUAUUUUCAGUUUAUAUGUGGUUGUAUGGUAAUCAGUGGAAUUGCAAUGUAAUCAUUCAUGAUGAAAAAUAUUGGAAUGUAAUUAGAGUACUGGUUUGUGA